GAAAAGAGAUUUGUAUAAAUACUUGGAAUAUAUCUUUAGCUAAUUCAGAAAGUGAUAUUUCAAUACCUGUAGUUGUGGAAGAAGUAAAAAAGAAAAAAUCUAAGCUUGAAUCUGUUCGUAUUUUUGAUCAACAUCUUGUUAGUAAAAAUUCAAUAAAAAAGAUAGAUGAAAUUUCAGAAGCAAAAGAAACUAUAUCACCUGAAAUCACGCGAGAAACUGAAGAUUCUUUAGAACUCUUUAAAAGAACGCAAAAAAAUGCUAAAAAAAGUAGAGCAGUUGUGCAUGCUGAUAUUUUUAAACUAUCUACUCUUAAUUCGAAAGUAUAG